UUGGUAUGAUCCACUUGCCCUAGACCUGAGGUCUGGGUCUGAGCAGAGAGACACGGCCACUGGCGCUGCUGCAGAGGAAGUGUACAACUGAAUCUACAGCCUAAAGACUCAGGGAGAGAGAGAGGAAGAGAGAGUGUGGGGGAGAUGAACUGUGUCCAGUCUUCCUCUGGGACGUUAGACUGACUGAAGCUGCUGGUACAGCACUGAGUUUUACAGCUGUGCAUCUCUGUCACUCUGGAGUCAUGAGCUCAAAGGGGACGAACCUCCACAACAAACGUCUGCCGUCGGAGACAGAACAUGCUCAGAGAGUCCCGGACACAGAUUCAGCCCAGCAAAUGAGGCUGAGAGAAAGACAACGAUUCUUUGAGGAAGUCUUUCAACACGAUGUGGAUGUCUACCUUUCCUCGGCACACCUGCAGAUAGAUUAUAAGAGACCUCCCUUAGGAAGCAUUUCAUCAAUGGAGGUAAACGUUGAUAUGCUAGAACAGAUGGACCUGAUGGACAUCUCUGAUCAGGAGGCCUUGGAUGUCUUCUUCAGUGCCAGCGGAGAGGAAGGAUCACUGACAUCCCCUCUUCCAGCUCUCGGCCACGCUGACACAGAAGAGGAUGGAUUGCGGAGAAACGACUUGUCCUUGAGAAUUUCUGACCCUUGUGAGAUCAAAUCCCGUAUUUUGUCCACUUCCUCCAACUCAACCUGUGACAGUCAGGCCUCCAAUGAGGACGGAUCAAACACUCCCGUCGUCCAAUCAGAUGAUGAGGACGUCCAUGAAGACAGCCUGGUACGAACCGGGUCGCCCACAGCCAGCGAAGCCACAAAAGAGCAGUCUGGACUCUCAUUAUAACCUGCCUUCUCAUUACUGACAGUUUGGGAAGUGUAUCCUGUUUAGGUUGAGACUGGUUUUAGUCAUAAAUCAAUCUACCAAAGACCUUUUUGAAUGCUUGUGAAAUUCAACUCAUUCAAGGCCCUCAUUACAUCACACUAGGAGCGUCACAUUUUGACUGCAUAUUUGGAUUGCCACUUGUGACAUUUUACUACUAUGUUUCACUGUUCUUUGCAAAUAUGUUUGGAAAUACACACCAUUAUGUUGCGAUGCUCUUUACAAAGACUGAUGCUUCUCUAUAGAAAGACUUAAUGCAUCACUGUUUUGAAUUAAGGUAGUGAGUCUCACAAAAACAUUUAAAAAAAUAAUAAUAAUAAAAUAUGAAAUUAUAUUUUGCUUAAAGAAAAUGGAGCUUUUUCUGUACAUCGGUUCACCCAGACAAUGAAAACUGUUAUCAUUUGUUCCAAACAAGACUUUUAUUCAUGUUACGAACACAAAUGUAGAUAUUUUAAAUGAAAUCUAAGAUGUUUCUGUCCCUCCCUUGAAGAUCCAAAGAGAUCAUAAAGGUCUUGUAAAACUAAAUCAUAUGAACUGAGUGGUUUAUUUAAAGUCACAAUUACUUUAUAUGAUAAACUGAUUUAAUUUAGGUGUCUAUGUCAUAGAGCACAUCAAAUAUGUUAAACAAAGCUGAAAUGUGAAAAAAGAACCUAAUUGGAGCUUGCCUGUCAAACGCAUGUUUGUUAUAUUUGAUUCGCUUUAUGUACACUCUUAAAAAUAAAGGUGCUUUAAAAGGUUCUGCACAGCGAUGCCAUAGAAGAACCAUUUUUGGUUCCACAAAGAACCAUUCAGUCAAAGGUUCUUUAAAGAACCAUCUCUUUCUUACCUUUUUAUGAUCUGAAGAACCUUCUUUCGCCACUAAGAACCUUUUGGUGAAACAGAAAGGUUCUUUAGAUGUUAAAGGUUCUUUAUGGAACCAUUUAAACAAAAAAGGUUCUUCUAUGGCAUCAUGAAGCACCUUUAUUUUUAAAAGUGUAUGUGUGUAAGCCACUGUUUACGUAAAAAAGUUUUCAUAUAAAGUGGUUGCAUCCCUUAAAAAAAAAAAAAAAACAACUUGAGGAUUUAUUGACGAGUAGAUGAAGAAAAAACUAACAAUUUACGUUUUUUUUUUUUUUUUUUGUAUAUUAUUUUACAUACAUUUUUGCCAACAUAGAAGGCAAUACACCAAAUACUAGCAUGGUGUAUAAAUAAAGUGUUAAAUAAGUUUGUACAUUUUUAAUAACAGUAAUAAGAAUGUGAUUUUGUUCUUGAGCUUCUGAGAGGAAAAAAUGUUUAAUUUUGUGAAAAUUGUCACAAUAAAUAAAAUAAAAUAAAAUAAAUAAAUAAAUAUUUGCUUUUACUUCUUUGCAUUUAUUUACAGUACAAUAGACAAGGAAGUAGGACUGAGAUGAUGGGGAAUGGGCUUAUGACAGCCCAGAAUUAAACCUGGUUGCCCCUGAAUCUACAGACACGUCUUGACUUGUGGGUUUGCAUAACCCACUUUCACAGCAGUAACAGACUUCAUUUGCUUUAAGCCAAAAAAAGAAAAAGAAAAAAAAAGAAAAAAGAAUUUGACAGUUUUUGUGAGGCUGACCCUAAAACUGGGUGUGUCGGGUUUGUAUUUUAAGAAUGUCAGAAUUGUAAUUGUGGUAAUUGUGUGUGUAUGUGUGUGUGUUUUUUUUUAAUCAUGCAGUAUGUCUCUCCUUCUGAUGUCGACAAUACCUUAUGCUUUGCUAUCAAAAUAAAGAAACAUGCCAGCUAAAAAGCAAUGUAAAAUGUUCUUUCAUCUAUCACGAGCAGCGUUGGGGGUAAUGCAUUACAAGUAACACAAGUUACGUAAUAAUAUUACUUUUUUCAAGUAACUAGUAAAGUAACACAUUACUUUUUGAAUUUCUAAGAAAAUAUCUGAGUUACUUUUUCAAAUAAGUAACGCCUGUUACUUUUUCCCUAUUUAUUGAUUGACAAGUCUCCUGUCGGGAAAUUGGGAGUAAACAUGAUGUUACUGUAUUCUAGACUAAAUGUGAACAUGCAUUAAUUCAUCUCACUCGCAAAAAACAGAUUCAGUAUUCCUAAAAAUAAAUAAAAAAAGUGCAAUGCAAAUUCAGAAUAUGACGCAACCCUGCAAUAAUUAAAUAUGUUAAAUAAAAUAAAUAUCCUUUAUAUAUUUAAUCCCUUUUUAUUAACCAGUGUCUUUGCUGCUGACCUUCGAUGAUGCAGCCUGAGGUGAAUUCUUUUCACUUUUGGCUUAAAAGGGCUUUUACAUUAGAACUGAUUUAUAUUAAAAACAAAGAAGCAAGCCCUGCCCAGAUUUAAAAAGUAACGCAAAAGUAACGCAACACAUUACUUUCCAUAAAAAGUAACUAAGUAACGUAAUUGGUUACUUUUUCAGGGAGUAACGCAAAAUUGUAAUGCAUUACUUUUAAAAGUAACUUUCCCCAACACUAAUCACGAGUAACAAAUUCACUCAGUGGUGUCCAAACAUUUAGGAUGGCAUAGAAUGAAAUCUUAUUGUGACUCUCAUGUAUGAAUUUCUUGAAAUGCAUUAUAUUUUUGUAACAUGUAGUGUAAUGUGUGACGUAGACAUUUGCCUGAAUCUGUGUAAUUUAAAUGGCAAACAUUACCACAUAAACCACAAUACUCACCUCAGACUGCACAUUUAGACACAUAAAAAUGACAGGCAAGCAGGUGUACUUGUGAAGAGUGACAAAAUGUUCCUGAUCAGUCUGUUACUGUGAUUGCUCUUUGCUGUCGCGACCAAACCCCUCAUAAAAGGAAUGUAAUGCGGUGUCAUUCAAGCAAAUGUUAUUCAAAGACAAACAAAAGAGAAAAGGCUAAAAAUAUGACUGAGCUGCCAAAAUGGUAUUUUGACAUGUUAUGGUUGAUUAUAAAAAGGGUUGGGAAUAUGUAUGCGAUGAUAAGAGGAUUUUAAUGUCAGUCACACAUCUGUUGUUUAAACAGUGACACGCAUGGCGGGCUAGGAGUGCCACUCUUUUUUAAAAGAUCCAAUCAACAAUUUAUACACUUUAUACAACAUUACAAAUGUGGAAUAUUAGAAGAGUAUAUGUUAAAACCUAAAUGUGUCAGAUUAGGGCAAUACCACCUUUUUGUCCAAGCUAUGAAAUGUCAUUUGCAUCCAUUUUUGGUUUCACAGAUUGGGUACUGAACAGGUUUGACAUCAAUAAACACAACAUGCACGUUUGCAUGACUUCAGAAUAUUGGUGCAAAAGCUGUAUAGGCUUUUCACGAUGCCUUUUUAUUUUUAUUAUUAUUAUUAUUAUUAUUAUUUUAUUUUUAUUUUUUUGAGAUUGCAGGUAUGGUCACUUUGCUGCUGUAUUUAAUUUUUGUGUGAGCUAACUCUUAUUGAAGUGAAAUAAGGGUGGUCACUUCAUGGUUAUAGGCACUGGCAAGUAAUGCAGAUGUUGCAGGUGUGAACGCAGGCAUGUGUGACCUACGAACUAGUGAUUGACUGACACCUGGUUGGACCUGAAUGACAGCUUCUGCAGUUCAUGCACUAUAAUUUGGAUUUGGAUGUAAUCUGAAGCCAUGUUAAUGGCUAACAAUAGAUAAAUGUGCUACAAAAAUCCUUAAACAAAAUAACUUUAUAACUUUCUAACUUUUUUUUUCACAAUAAUUUAUUCUUAUCAAUCUACUGCCAUGUUAACGAAAUGUAGCAAUAUUUUUUUUUAGGUUUAUACUUAAAACGACACUUUUCCAGUGGGAUAAGAAAUAAAAGCUUUUUGAAUUUUUAAAGGAAUAUUUUCACACAGUGUUACUUAAGCCUUAUUUGAGUCUCAAAUAAUUUCUCAAAUUGUAAUUUGUUGUAAGAAUGUUUAGAUGGAAUGGAAAACAACUGAUUAAAAAUAGUGUGUGUUUUUUUUAUUUAUUUUUUUUUUGUGGUAAAACUCUCCUUUUAUCUCUCUUUCUCUCCCUAUAGAAACGUGUGUAAUGUCUCUUUCUAUAAUGUCUUAAUGUGUACACUGCAUACUGGUCCUGUAUAACUAACACUGCCCCAGGGUGUAGUUACAUGUACUUCUGCACUACACAGGUAUGAUUGUGCUCUCAGUUCAAAGCAGAGUCUGAGCGUGAGAGUCGAUGAGAGUCCGGUGUGAAUGCUUUCUGCCUCUCAUUAUAAACUAAAAUUAUGAUGGCUAAAAUGAUGUUCCGCUACUUGGUGCUUGUGGGAAUGAUCUGUCUGUGCAGCACGGAGACUCUCAGACGCCAUAAAAGAUCAUGGAUCAUAGACUCGUUUGACAUUGUGGAGGAACACCCAGGACCAUUCCCCUAUGAACUUGGGCAGAUUAAACUGGACCGUAGCUACUUAGUGGAGUUCAGGCUAAAAGGCAAAGGUGUGGAUGAAGACCCAAAGGAUGUCCUGUCUAUUGAUCCGAACACAGGAGUCAUUAAAGUCCACCGUAAAGUCGACUAUGAGCAGUACAGUGUUCUGAUGCUGACCUUCCAAGCAAGAAAUAAGUCCAACUUGGCCAUAGAUACUCAACUAGGCAUGGAAGUCAAGAUACUGGACAUCAACGACAACCCGCCGGUAUUCCAGAGAAGGGUUUAUGACGUCACUAUAAAUGAAGCAGCAAAACAAGGUGGUUUUAUUGUAGGUGUUUUAGCAAUCGAUAGGGACGCACCAGGAACUCCGAAUUCCACCAUUGAUUACAAAAUCAUGUCUGUCACUCCAACAACUAAAAAUGUGGAAUUCUACAUCCAAGAAAGUGGUGCAAUAUCUUUUAAAGGAUGCUUCGAUUAUGAGGUGGCUAAUAAAUAUACUAUAACAGUUGAAGCAAAGGAUCGUGGAGUUGUAAAACUGUCAAGCACAGCGACCAUAAUUGUCAGCCUUCAGGAUGGAAACAACCAUUUGCCAGUUAUCACAGGACAAACGGGUUCAGGUAGUGUGGUGGAAGGGACAAAUGGUAGCUCACCUCUCAAAAUACAUACAGCUGAUGUUGACACGCGUCUCACUCCUGCGUGGAGGGUCAGAUACUCUGUACAAGGGGAUAAUGGUGGUCACUUCUCCAUCCACACUGAUCCAGAGACCAAUGAUGGAAUCCUCACAGUGAUUAAGCCUUUAGACUUUGAACAAAAAGCAGAACAAAAGCUCACCAUCUUUGUAGAGAACGAAGAGCCUUAUUUCUCUUGUGAGGUUAAAGAGAGACCUGCAGCUGGGCUCUGGACAAUCAUCACAAAUCCACCAAAACCGUCCUCUAGGAAUAUUACCAUUACAGUGGAAGAUGCCAAUGACCCUCCGUUCUUCCCAGACCCAGUAAGAAAAGUAAUUGUGGAAGAAAAUGGUGCUGUUGGAGCUUAUGUGGACAAAGUGACAGCGGUCGAUCCUGACACUGGACGUCCCCACAAACUAGAGUAUUCUAUUGAACAAGAUCCUGCAGGCUGGUUCAGAGUAGACAAAACAACCGGGGAAAUCUUUGUAAAAGAGUCAUUGGAUAGAGAGUCGAGUCAUGUGACGAACGGGACUUACACAAUCACUGUCCUUGUGACAGAGAAGGAUGACCAUCCUCCAAUGACAAGCACUGCUACGAUUCAGGUCUACAUUGAUGACAAAAAUGACAAUGUCCCCAUUUUAAAGGAGAACAUGGUUUCUGUCUGUCAGUCUGAUGAAGUGUCAAGUACAGAGAUCACGGCCUAUGACCCUGAUGGAGAUCCGUACAGCGGCCCGUUUAGUUUUGAAAUAAUAGGAGAUCAUAAGGAAGGAUGGAGCUUUGACCCCAGCCAUGGUAACACCGUGCAUUUGGUGAAGGAUGAAAGCGUUCACGCCAGUCUGUACACACUGAUUGUGAAAAUCUCUGAUAAACAGGGCAGGUUUGUCCUCCAGAACCUCUCUGUUGCUGCGUGCGAUUGUGCGGUUUCACCAAACUGUCUGCUGCAGCGCAACACACAGCAAAAAGUGGGAAGUGGUGUGAUGGGAAUUACCAUCCUUGCUGCGCUGAUGCUUUUGGCAUGUUUGUUGCUGUCUCUCACUUGUUCUUGCGGGACUGUGAAAUCUCUGGUGCAAGUAGACAGUGUCUUAGAAGAUGCCCUUCUGCCUUAUAACAUCGAGACACCUGGCACUGAUUGUAUGGUCCCGAAUAUUCUACUGAAGCAAACAUCUGUUAGUCACUCAAAGGAUGCAACUCUUAUCAAAAAUGAGGUUCAACAGACAGAUGAUGUUCAGAGGGUAUCUAGCAAAAUUAUAGGCGUUCAGAGUCUCCCAGCCCAAAUGGAUGAGUCCUGGUCUAGAGACAGAUCACUCUAUUCCAGUGAGACAUGGAUGUGGAAACAAUCUGGGUAUCAGAGCGACACCUGCUACAAGGGUUCUUCAUUUAGCAGGAGGAGCUCACAAAGAAGACAGGGAACCUAUUUCAUCAGCCGAUCCACUUUACAAAGCUUGCUGUCUCAGAGGCUGAAUUCAAUACAGCUCCUAGAAAAUGAGUUGCUUGAUUACGAACCUGAGCCUUACGCCCUUGAGGACAACUCUGACAGUUUUGUAGACCUGGACCCCAUAGACCUGCCUAUGAAUGAGUUUGAUCCUGACCUGCUUUCUGAUCUUGGACCAGCAUUUAAGCACCUAGCUUCUAUUUGUAGCCCAGGGACAAUGUCUAAAACAGAAGUGAUGAAGAAUGGGACCAGAUAGUGUAGUGAUCAGGUGGGUGAAGAUGUUUUACCUUCUUAUUCAGGACAGGUCAUUUUGAACAGAAAUGCUAAUUAUUGCAUAAGAAAAAAAAAUCACUGGGGAGAUUUUAAAAAUGUCCUUCAUAGAUAAACUGCUCAGUUUAUCAUUUUGUUCAUGAUGGAUGUUGUUCAUGGUAUGAUAGCAUUGUUUCUUUCGGGAAUACGCAUUUACGCACAUUUAGUCAAACAAUGAGUGUUACAACCUAAAUUUCCCAGUUUGUUCUCUUGCCAGUUUUAUUUUCAGAUAUAUUUUCAGGUGCAAUUAUGCACCUGCAAAGACAAGUUAUACUACCUCAAUUUGAGAAACUGCAGUGAUCGAUAUUUCAUUCAUGUUUACAUGUCUUAAAAUUUAUAAUGCAGGUAAAACACUGUACUCAGGGUUGCAUCUUUAUCUUUAUACCUUUAUUGAUCUUUCCUUUGCUGUACUGCCUGGAUUGGGUGCCUUAACAUUUGACAUUUAUGCCUUUUCAACCUUACACUUUUAAAAUGUGGAAAAAAACAAAACCGUACAAAAACGUGAAGGAAAUCAUGGAAUAGUCCAAAAAUUAACGAUUUGCCUGUAGAAAUGUAUUUUUGCCUUUGUCCCAGUGCUUGAAGAGGAAAAAAUGGUGCAGGUUUCUUUACUUUAUUUUCUUAAUUAAAAUGUUUGUUUAGUGAAUGUUUUCUUUUGAGUUCUCUAUAACCACACAACUGUCUGACUUUGACGUUUUGCCAUUCCAGCUGUCAUGUUUUUUUUUUUUUUUUUU